GUAGCAAGACGAGGUGUGAGAGCAAGUAUCGUUCUCCAUUGGACGAGAGCAACUUGUUGCUUCAAACCGAUUUCAAACAGCCAACGUGCGCGCCCCUGUCUCUCCAGCUUCCGAGCGCCGCCGUCCACACCGCGCUUUCGUCGAUCCAAAAUUCCGUCUGUCUCACGUGCUUUGUGAAUAUAAAAGCUCUCUUGUUUCCCUUCAUCAUGUGUAGUGUGUCACCAGACAAACGGCGAAAGAUGGAGUCGGCGUUGGAACAGCUGAAGAAACACACCGUGGUCGUGGCGGACACCGGAGACUUCAACGCCAUUGAAGAGUACAAGCCCCAGGAUGCCACCACCAACCCCUCCCUCAUCCUGGCUGCUGCCAAGAUGGCCGCCUACCAGCAUCUGGUCGACCAGGCCAUCAAAUAUGGCAUCGCCAAGGGCGGACCUGAGGAGGAGCAGGUCACCAACACCAUGGACAAGCUGUUUGUGAGCUUCGGCCUGGAGAUCCUGAAGAAGAUCCCAGGCAGGGUCUCCACGGAGGUAGACGCCAGGCUUUCGUACGAUAAGGAUGAGAUGGUGGCGCGGGCCCUGCGGAUCAUUGCCUUGUACGAAGAGGCUGGUAUCAAGAAGGACCGUGUUCUCAUCAAGCUCUCCUCAACAUGGGAAGGCAUCCAGGCUGGCAGGGAACUGGAGGAGAAGCACGGGGUCCACUGCAACAUGACCCUGCUGUUCUCCUUCGCCCAGGCAGUGGCCUGCGCCGAGGCCAAAGUCACCCUCAUCUCACCCUUUGUGGGCCGCAUCAUGGACUGGUACAAGGAGAACACUGCCCAGAAGAGCUACGAGGCCCAUGAGGACCCAGGUGUGAUCAGUGUGACCAAGAUUUACAACCACUACAAGAAGUAUGACUACACCACGGUGGUGAUGGGAGCUUCCUUCAGGAACACUGGGGAGGUCAAGGCCCUGGCCGGCUGUGACCUGCUUACCAUUUCCCCCAGUUUACUGGGAGAGCUGAGCAAAGACCACAGCACCGUCACGCCAAUGCUCACGGUUCAGAAAGCCAAGGCCUGUGAUUUGGAGAAGGUUCACCUGGAUGAGAAGGAAUUCCGCUGGCAACACAACGAGGACCGCAUGGCCGUGGAGAAGCUCUCUGACGGCAUCCGCAAGUUUGCCGCCGACGCCAUCAAGCUGGAGACCAUGAUCAAGGAGAAGAUGCUGAAUGUGAAGAACGGCCAGUAAAGAGGGACCAGAUGUUCAACCCUCCCCGCAGGAAACGAUGACAGUUGUGCAACAACCACCACUGGGGGCCCAAGGGACCAACUCUCCCGCCUCCCCUGACCCCAAAGAGGGACCCCCCCCCCUCAACACGAACGCCUCGCCACUAUAGCCCUGGAUUUACUGUAUUUCUGUCUUGACUCAAUGAAGAGUGGUUUCAAUUGUAAAUCCAGCACUGAUGCAAUGCUAUUUUUGUUACUUGCCGCACUAGAUUUGGUCAGGGGAACGAACACACAACGGUCAGGCUCAGUACAGGUUUUUUUUUUUUACUCAUCAGCCCUUUAGUGAUCUAGAAAAACAACUUCAAACUAACAAUUCUGAACAUUCCUCAGGAAAUCAUGAAAAUAAUGAUUUAACAGUUUCACCAAUUAAACUCUUUCCUCAGUGAA